AUGUCUUUCCGCCCUGUUGCACCGGGCUCUGGCCUUCAGAGCUCGAGUAGCAACAACAAUAGCGUCUACUCCGAGGCUCCAACAAAUGAGAAAGGCUCCUCUUACAACAGCAGUACCUCUCUUGACACCGACGACCGUGGAGUAUCCCGGCCGUUGGUCCCUGGCAUCUACGUCCCGACAGUCUGCUUCUUCGAUCCCGUCACCGAAGACCUCGAUACCGCUACCAUAGGCACGCAUGCCGUGCGUCUGGCCAAAGCGGGUGUCACCGGCCUCGCAACCCAGGGCUCCAAUGGUGAAGCCGUCCACCUCACCCACUCCGAACGCCAGACCGUCACACAAACCACGCGCUCUGCCCUGAAUGCAGCAGGCUUCGCCCAUCUCCCCAUCCUUGUAGGCUGCGGUACUCAAUCGGUUCGCGAAACGAUCCAGUACUGCCAGGAAGCAUAUGCCACUGGCGGCGAUUAUGCUUUGAUCCUUCCCCCUUCUUACUACGCCCCGCUCUUCUCCCCCUCUUCGGCCAGCGUCAUCGAAUUCUUCCACGCCGUCGCAGAUCAGUCGCCCAUCCCGCUCCUGAUCUACAACUACCCCGGCGCUGUAUCCGGAAUGGACCUCUCCUCGGAUCUCAUCAUUCGGCUCUCGGCCCACCCGAACAUUGUCGGUGUCAAGCUGACCUGCGGUAACACGGGAAAGCUGAACCGAAUUGUAGCAGCAACCAAGUCCGCCAAGCCCCACUCGCUCAGUGCUGCUCCGUCGUUCCUGGUACUGGGAGGAAGUGCAGACUUUACCCUGCAGAGCCUGAUUGGCGGCGGUCACGGUAUCCUUGCCGGUCUCGCGAAUAUCGCGCCCAAGGCCUGUAUUGAGAUCCUGCGCUUGUAUCGGGAGGGGAAGCUGGCCGAAGCGCAGAAGUUGCAGGAGGUUGUUGCGCGUGGUGACUGGGCGGCGAUCCAGGGUGGCAUUGUGUCUACCAAGUCUGGCAUGGAGAGCUGGCUGGGCUACGGCGGAUAUGCACGGAGUCCCCUACCGCGCCCGACCAGCGACGAGAGCGCCAAGUGGAAGGAAAGUUUCAGCGAGCUCGUCGCAUUAGAGAAGAGCCUUUAG